CACUGAAUCGCGGUCCUCAUUGUCCAAUGCAAUGGCAAGGUAGGCCGAGAUGGCGGCGCUGCUGCCUCCUCGCCAGGGCUCAACGCGCACUUCCAGGAGUCAAAAACAGAGUAGCUUUGAAACGGGGUUUCUCUAGUGCACCAGACAUCUCGGACGUCCAGUCCGUAGUUAAUACCAGCCGCGAGAAGGGCCUGGCAUUCGAAGCGCAGGUUGUGACGCUCAUGGAAUCACUUAACUGCGAACUCCAGGCAACACGGCAGUCUCGCGAUGGAGGAAUCGAUCACCAGGGUUCGUGGACAUUGCCAGACCUGGCGGUGGAGGUGGUGACGCAGUGCAAGAAUGAGAGCAAACCGGUCGGUGUCCAGUAUGUGCGUGAGUUUCACGGUGUUUUAAACUUCUUCCCGUCUACCACCGUGGGGCUCUUCGCUUCAGCGUCAGGCUACAGUCUCUACGCGCAGCGAUUCUUCCUACGAAUGACACACCCAGCCAUCCUGUGUUCCGUAGAUAUCGACUCAGGUCGUCUCACGUCCUUCUUGCUAAACGACCGCGCUCAGACACUGCUGCCAAAGCUCACCGUUGGCUCGUCAUUCAUGAACCAAGAGCAUGCUCUCGUACUCACCUAUGGCGACAAGAUCCUCGGCUGAAGCUCUAUUUUUCAUGUCAAGUCAAUAUAAUCCAACAAAUAACGAUUGAGAGCAUGGUCACCGUGAACAUUAUCACUACGUGUACUCUACGGCCUCUCAACAUCGUGAUCCAAUAUCCAGC